GAGAAUCAUAUGCAUCCACGCAUUGUCGAUACUUUUAUUCUGGUCAGGAAAGCACGCGGCGUGCAAUACUAAAAGGAGGCAGGUCCGAGGAGCCGAGCACGGGCACCGGCUGUCUGUCAACUUUCCUGGCGAGUGAUGCGUUCAUGGUCACGCCUCCUCGAGCACUUGAGCGCAUCUGCUGCCGCACUCCUCACAUCACAGUGAGCGGAGGCCACCAGGCGGGCAACAGAUUCUGAUUUUGCAAAGAGUGUGCAGAGUUUAGCGAAAAUGAACCUCAGCCCUUCAGACCAGACGGUGCACAACGCCAAUGAAGGCUGCAUGGAGGAUGACAAACACAGUGUGAUGCUGCCUUGUUUACACAGAAACAUCUAUGAUGAGCCGCUUUCCUCGUACGCCAACGGGUCCAUCAUAUCGCAGCUCCUCCGGAAGACCAUGCACACCAAAAGAGCACUAGAUGAAAACCACUUCUACCUUUCCAACUCUACUGCCACUGACUCUGGACAGGAGGACCGCACCAGUGUGUCGUCAAAAGACAGCACAACGGAAGCAUCCUCACCUAAUUGCCACCUUUCUGCAAGGUGCAGCUCAGAGGGAGAACCACCCAUGACGGACCACCUUCAAGCAAAGCGAGCCCGAGUGGAGAACAUCAUCAGAGUCAUGUCAGGUUCUCCAAGCAACAGGCCACAUGGGGACAAUGAACGGCCUGACGUUGAUCCCCGAGACACCAGAGAGUCCCGAGAGGCGUACCGGGAGAAUAAACGCAAACAACGGCUACCUCAACACCAGGAGCACAGCAUUGGAGCGCCAGCAAGUCAAAAACCUGCAAGGGAUCACGAUGAUACUAACACCAAGGAUGAGGAGUGCCACAAACUAAAAGAACAGCUCCACAGUAUGCAAAAACUUCUAUGUCAGCUCCAGGAAAAAUUCCUUCAGGUUUACAAGCAGGAAGAUGGAGCUCAUGAUGACAAAGCAGCUGUAGCUACUGAUUGUCACACCCCGGUGGGAAGCAGCUACAAGGGCACCGAAGAUGGUUUCGAGAGGAACAGCAGGCUGAUUUCAGAGUGUGAGGACAGAAUGAAAGCUGGUCAACCGGCUCUCCAAAGAGAGAGUCAGAAACUUCGGGAAAUCUUGAAGCAGGAGCUCUCCAGAGCUAUAAAUGACUGUGUGGACCGGGUGUUGACCAAGGUGUCCUCGUCAGGACUUGAUCUGUCCUCCGAACAGCGAAUGUGCCCGUCUCCGGAGAUGCAGAUCAGUUUGAGUGCAGGCCAAAAGAACCAACAAGACGGGUCAAUACAGGAGCAUCUGCAAGCUGAAGAGAUUCCCGUUAAGACCCACACUUUGGAGUGUUAUGAUAACUCAGAGGUCCACCAGGACCAGACAGAAGCACUCUCACUGGUGGUUCGCAAACCAGUGACAAACCCUCUGAGCUCAGUCACCACCACAGUGAAGAGGCCCUAUCCUGUCCACCAGACGCCAUUCCAGUUCAACUACAAUGCCCCUCUGCACGAAAGCCAGAUCUUGGAACACCUUCUCAAGUACGGGCCACACUCUAACUUUGCGGGUCUCCACUGCAUGCCCCAUUCAAUGGACAGGACCUCCCCAGACCCAGUGGACCUGCCUUGGGACACCAUUGCGUUGCGAUCCAAAGUGGCACCCAGUCACAUCAGCCACCACUCUCGUCCCUCUGCGCUGGGGCCUGUGACGGUCGAAACUCUGUGCCUCCCUCAUGUCAAACUCGAGUGCGGUGAGCUGCAAAGUAUAGCCGAACGAAACCCCUACAUGUCCCUCAACAUCCAGGAGGGUCUCACCCCGAGCCACUUGAAGAAGGCCAAACUGAUGUUCUUCUACACCCGCUACCCCAGCUCCAAUGUCUUGAAGACAUUCUUCCCUGACGUCAAGUUCAAUCGCUGCAUCACAUCUCAGCUGAUCAAGUGGUUCAGUAACUUCAGGGAGUUCUACUACAUCCAAAUGGAGAAGUUUGCCCGGCAAGCCAUCGUGGACGGCAUCAGUGAAGUCAAAGAAAUCACAGUCAGCCGAGAUUCCGAGCUGUUCCGUGCACUCAACAUGCACUACAACAAGGCCAAUGACUUCCAUGUUCCCGACAAAUUCCUGGAGGUUGCCGAGAUCACGUUGCACGAGUUUUACAAAGCCAUUUCUGUGGCCAAAGAUUCGGACCCCUCCUGGAAGAAGGCCAUCUACAAGGUCAUCUGUAAAUUGGACAGUGACGUUCCUGACGAAUUCAAGACGUCCUCCUACUUGUAGGCCAAAGCGGAUAAAUGUGACAACGACUAAAAGAAUUUAUGGCAACGUCAAUUGAAUAUUCUGAUCAGUUCUUGUAGUGCUUUUUACUAGUGAAGUGAAAUGUAGCUUUUGGAUUAUGUUGGAUGACUAGAAUGUAGGUUAAUAUUCUUGUUACAUCACGAUGAAAUGAUGAAUUAUUGCUUUUCGUGUAUUACAUUGCUCACGUUUACUUAUAUAAUCUGCCUCAGUACAAUUAUUGAGUUUGCAGUUGUGCCAAAUAUUUACCCCAAAAAAUUGAAUCCUUAUUCAAGGCCAUCAAUAGGGGCCGAGCCUUUGAGUACAUUUCAUUGAUUGACUAUGAGAGGUUAAUUACUAGAAAUUCCCAAAAAUAUACAUUUCAAUAAGAUGGGAAAGUUUUGCUGAAAAUGUUCUGGAUUCAUAUUUCGAUACAAGUGUUUUAUUGGGCUGAAUGAAUAUUGCAGCCUACAGGAGUUGUGCCAUAGCAUGGAUGGAGCUCAAAUUCCAUUAUUAUUAUUAUUAUUUAGACCACAAACUUGCUGCCGGCCUUCAUCACUUCCAGAGGAAGUUAGCCCGCAGUCAAUUAAAUAUCAGUUUUCAAUUCGAAACAACAAUUUAGCGAUUUAAUUGUUCAUCAUGCCCAUCCAAGUAUCAGCACAUAGUUUAGCUUGAUUGUCAUUUAGAUGGUACAUUUCUUCAAAAACAAAAAAACAUACACAAAAAAAAAACCAACAUGCACUCAUGCUUUUCGUGUCAAAAUGUUUUGUGAUUUUGCUAUAAACUAGUUGCCUAACAAAGCACAUGUGGAAAUAAUGCAAAUGAUAAAGGUGAAAAACCUUUAAGUACAAUCAUUUUCAGAUGUUUCAGAAAUGGACAAUGUAACGGACGACAUUGGAAUUAAAGAU